UAGAAAGUCCUCAUAUGCUUCAAAUUACAAGAAUGAAAAGCGUGCUGCUCUUAUUUGCCCUGGUUUUAUGGCCAUCGACUACAGUUUUUUGUGGCAAACGAAAGAUGUUGGACGAGCAAUCUGAAAUCUUACGCAAGUAUGAAGCUAUAAAAGAAUGCUUUUCAACGAUGCAAGACUCGUUUGUGAAGAAAUAUUAUGAACAGAUGACAAAUCUGGCCAUUAUCGUUGCUGCGAUGUUCCUUGUUGGUAUGAUGCUUCGUUUCUACGUUCGUGAAAAUAAUGAUCUCAAAAAAAGUUUAAAGAAAGCGGUGAAAGAGCGCGAGAAAUUGCGAGAAAAACUGUCUGAAAAGGGAAAGCCCCAUAAUAUCCAAGAAACAAGUUAUGAGAUUUAUUAGAACUGCAUAAACCCACAUCCCUCAACAGUGUAUGGCUUUAUAAGGACAU